AUUUCAAAGACGGACAACUGUCAUCAUGUGAAGUGGACUCCAACCAGUCGUGACUUUAUUCCACACGACUGCUUUUCUCUGAGGAGUGCCCAUUGGUACGGUGGUGCAGAACUCUAUCACCAGACCUGGCCCCUUGAAACUACAGAUGUUCCUAUGCAGCCUUAUCUAUCAAACGACAUCUUAUUCCGAUCAAACACUGAGAAAAAUAGUGGAAAAAAUAUGUUUGGAAAUAUUGUUGAUAGAUUUUGGAUAAAUUCCAAUGGUGUUGGUAUUGUAGUCAACAGUGAGGUACCACUGUUUGUGAGCAUAAAUGAAAGUAAAAGUAACUUACUGUGUUUUAGCGCCGAUUAUACCAACUCACCGUACCCAAACCCAGACAGUAAAACCCCUGUGUUGGAGUACACAGUGUGUAAGGAGGACAGCAUUAGUAAAAUACACAAACUGCUACAGAAGAAAUAUUUUCACAUGCCAUUAGGUCUACCAGACAAAAGUUUAAUGCAGGGCGUUGUGUGGUCUACCUGGGGCAGAUUCAACCCAAAUCUGACUCAAUCACUCUUAUUAGCACAUGCAAAAAACGUCAGUGAUAAGAUUAGUCCCUACAAACUUCAAGCUAAUUUUAUAGAAAUAGAUGAUAAAUAUUCUACAAGAUUUGGGGAUUUUAAUUUUGAUGAAUCUGCUUUCAGAAACUCACAUCAAAUGGUAAGUUAUUUGAAAGAAUAUAAAUUUGAUGUCAUUGUUUCUAUGACACCCUUUGUGAGUGUAGAAUCAAAAGCAUUUAAAACUAAGGCAGCAGAUUUACUGGUGUCAGACAUUCAGGCACAUAGUCCUUCCUUGAUGAAAUGGUACAGCGGUCUGAUGGGUGUGAUAGAUGUAACGCGUCAGACCACAGUCACUUGGUACAAGGAACAAUUAGCCAACAUGGUCAAAGAUUACGGCAUCAAGUCGUUCAAUUUCCAUGGAUGUGAAACUAAUUUUUUACCCAAAAUUCAUAAAACGUUUAGAUCACUCGCAAACCCUGGAACCUUUGCGACCGAGUUUAUUUCCAUGGUGAGCCCCAAUGCUGGCAGUCUUACACAGGUGAGUUGUGGGUACCGCAGUCAGCAGUAUCCCGUCUACACAAAGUCACCACGAAAAGAGUCUCAUUGGUCUCAUACAAACGGACUGCGAAGUGUCAUACCCUCCAUUUUGACCCUAGGUAUCCUUGGUUACCAGUUUGUGGUGCCUGACAUUAUCGGAGGGACCACAUAUGGAGUUAACGGGACGUUGGCUUUGACCAAACCAGAACCAGAACUCUAUAUUCGUUGGAUGCAGCUUUCAGCCUUUAUGCCUGUUAUGAAGUUUGCCUUCACACCAUGGGAUUAUGACAAAGAUGUUGUAGAUAUAUUCAACAACCUGAUAAAGUUACGAAAGGAGAAAAUUCUGCCAUUACUCCUCCAGGGGAUGCGCGAGGCAGAGAUGACAGGAGCCCCAAUUAUCCGUCCAAUCUGGUGGAGCUCUCCAAAGGAUGAACAUGCCCUUUUGGUGGACUCUGAGUUUUUGGUAGGAGAUUCCAUUUUGGUGGCACCCAUAUUGAAGAAAGGUGCAAAAGAACGAGACAUUUACCUCCCUGAAGGUGACUGGCACGACCAAAUUCAUGACCAGCAUGAACAGGGAAAACAGUGGCUAAGGGCCCACAAAGUGAAGCUCACAGAAGUGGCUUACUUCACAAGG